GGACUGUUUUUGAGAACUGCUUCACAUGUGUGUCGCAUGGGGUCGACCGACAUCUGGUGGUUUCCUGUCAACAAAUUACGGAUUACAAAACGACACAUUUUUGAUGUCACCUCACAAGUUCUCUAUUGGGUUAAGGUCUGGGAAUCGAGCUGACCACACAAUCAAGUCCUGAAUUGUGCGGCGAUUGUAAAAUCUGUAAGCGUUUUAAGUAACAUUUUUAACAUGUCCCAACAAUCAAACUCAUGUUAACUACAGUAUAAUCAAAUGAAAAUAACAUAAAAAUACUGAUUUGACCUAAUAAUAAUAAUAAGAAGAAGAAUGCAAAUAAUAAAUAUUGUUAUUUAAUCAUGUAAAAGCUCAAUGCAAUGAUCCCAAUUUCUGUUCUAAACUCUUAGUAUAUCACAAAAUGUAUACUGUACAUAUUUAUUGAAAUAAUAAAUAGGUAAAAGAAACAUUGGCACACACACACACACACACACACACACACACACACAGUGUGUAUAGUGUGUAAUCCCCUCACUGUGACUCUCACAUGAUGAAAAAAUCCCACGCCUGACAGCCCCCGCAGCCAAACGCAGUGCGCUUGGACUCACAUGUUCCACUGCAAACCACUCCUCGUAUAUUUUUAUUUUAGUUUGAAUUUUUUGUGGGGGGGUGAGGGAGGGGGCGCCAGAAAGAACGCUCGCUGAGGAUAGUCUUCCAGCGAUGGACUUGGCGGUAAGAAGAGUCCGUUGGCCCUGGACGAGGAGGGAAGACGCACCGAAUGAGUCCAGCCCGCUCAUACCGAAGGGGGACACCGAGCUCCACCAAGUGGGCACGAGCGACGAACACGAGGACAGAUUCAAAGAGCUCCGCCCUCGCCGCGGCUCUUCUUUUAUCGACUACUUCCUCAAGUAUCUCCUGGUUCUGAGCAACCUGACGUUCUCGGUCCUGGGCCUGCUUCUUCUGGCCUCGGGGAUGUGGGGCCUCAUCAGCAAAGAGUCCUUCGCCCAGGAGAAACUCGGAAGCAUCGGCACCGACCCGAUGCUGCUGCUGGUGACUCUGGGUCUCCUGCUCGCCACGCUCUGCCUGACGGGCUGCGUGGGCGCCUUGCGGGAAAACUCCUUCCUGCUAAAGCUGUUCUCCGGAAUGCUGCUGGCGCUGAUCACGGCCCAGAUUUUGGCCGCGGUGCUGGUGUACAAUGUGCGACGAGAGUUCGCAAACGCGCUGCGCUCGGCCAUGCUGGCCGCCAUGGCUCGCUACCAAGACGACCUGGAUCUCAGGUUCAUCACCGAUGAGAUCCAGUCCAAUCUGCGGUGCUGUGGGGCGGAUUCUUAUCGUGACUGGGAGAUCAACGUAUACUACAACUGCUCUUCUCCAGGAGUUCUGGCCUGCGGCGUUCCGGCCACGUGUUGCGUUGAGCCGCCGGACAACAGCACCGUCUGGAACUCUCAGUGCGGCCUGGGCGCCCGAGCGCUGGACGAGUUCAGCGCCCAGAGCGUGAUCUUCCUCGGAGGCUGCCUGGGGAACAUCUGGCGGUGGCUGGAGCAGCACGAGCGCUCGAUCGGGACCGUGGCGCUGGUCCUACUGGGAGUGCAGAUCCUGACUGUGCUUGUCACCACGCGACUCCAACGGAGGAUCCGCUGGCAUCAAGUUUACAAGUAACGGGACGGGAAUGCGGAUGUUUGACGGGGGCCGAUUAUGAAGGAGUGACUUUCUUUGCAUCAAGUGUGAAAUUUGACAACAAAACAUUUUUUGCUGAGCUGUCUUUUUCCGUUCAGAUUGUGGCCCCUUAUUUCUCCACCCGUCAGCGAUCCACCAAGUGAAAUUUAUUGAAAUGCAAUAACGUAGUUAAGCACAUCUGAGGUUACAAAUUACAAUCAGUGCAAUCUUUGCAUGCUUGUGCGGAAAGUAGACUUCCCCAUUUUGCCGGCUCUUUUACACAAAUUUCACUCAUCUUUCAAGACACAGUAUCGUGUUCUGCGGCAAAGUAACUACUGAAAUUACCAAAAGAAAGAGUAUCCUUUCUUUCACCUUAAAACAAAAGUUUGUUUCUACCUUUAUAUGUUCUUUAGUAAUCAGGAGAACAUGUAUUAGUUUCACCAAAAACACCGAUUUCUGUUCUGAAAGUGGAGAAAACGGAGCUUUUUGGCGAAAGAAACAUCAAGCAGAACGGUGACUUUGAGGCUAUACAAACUAUAAAACAGCCAAAACAAGUCUGGGAAAGGGCUUGUGAUGGCAAAAUGAUCAUUUAUAUACAGACGCGUAUCUAUGAAACACGCCAUGAGCGCCACUGACUCCCUGCAUGGCUUGAAUUGAAUUUGCUUUCGGAAAAAGACAUCAUUGUGGCGCCGAUACAUGAGAACAGCUUGAAAAUAAACAACACAUUUGCAAACAACACCAUAAAAUGUGCACGUUCUUUGAUUUAAAACAAAACAUAAAACAAAAAAAAAAUACUUGUGUCUUGUUUUUGUUUCAAUCCCUGAAUUUGAAAGACAAAUUCCUCGAGUGUGGAGUCAUACGAUGACAUAUUGAGCCAGUAUAUAUAUAGAUAUAUAUAUAUGAUGUUGUAAUCCCACCCCACAACCACUUAACUCCCCACACACACACGCACACUGUUCAUUCACGUGAUAGUGUACCACAUGUUGUGUACACCACACAUACAGUAACAUAUUGUAACAUACAGUACAGAUGUCCUUAUGAUGUAUUUAGUGUCUCAUUUCUGCACCUAAAAUACAAACAGAAUAGUCAGUCUCUCCUUUAUGGGUUUUGCACUUUUGUUUACUGAGGCGUGUAUUUGAUAAUUCAAGAGGUAUUUGCUAUGAGUAAUAUUCCACAUGCGAACGACGCAGGCUGCAGCAGGUGUUUGUCACAUGUUGCACACGCGCGGCACAACGACACAACGAUGCCGAAUGAGAUGUUCACAGCUUAUAAUAGUCUGAUUCACUUUUUUUUAUUUUAGAGAUGAAGUAAUUGAAUUGGUGCAUAAAAUCCAGUCGCUAUUCAAAUACCAAGAUAAAGACACCUGCGAAUGAUUUGUUGUGUACAAUUCGGUGUGUUGAGCCAAGUGUUUCAGUUGUGUGAA